CGAAACUUCUUUUCUUCUUCCUGUGAAGUGUGAACGUUUCCGGAGAGCCAUUGUUGAUGGACACUAUUUAUAUCUGUGUCGAGUUCGUUUCAUAGUAGAACCGUGCAUUUUUUUCACUUUGCGGUUCCUGUGUGUUCCUCAGGCAGCAGCAACAUGGCUCAGGCUCGAGUGACCGACUUCUUUUCCCAGAGAAAGAAGGGCAUCGCCGCUCCGGUGAAAGCAGCCAGGCAGCGCAGCCGUGGCUCUUCGUCUAACGUUGCCAGCACACGGUCAAGAUCUUCCAAAAGCAAAGACGUUUUCCUUCGUUCGUCCUCCAUCCAUGAGGAGUUUGUCCGAGUUAUCGACGAGGCAGCGGGGCUAAACGAGAGAGAGGAUACCGGCGACACCGCGAAAGACUCCCCCUCCAGUCCCCGGACACCAAAGCGGACCUCGGCUGAAGCGGAGUUUGACCUCGGGGCAGCAGUGUUUUCAGCCACCGCCGACCACAGCACGGCCAAGAAGAGACGGCAAGUGGAGGCUGUUAGAGAAGCUAAAGCUAACGUCCCGGAGAAAGUAACGAGGAGGAAGGCCAGGAAGAAACUGGUUCUCCCUCAAGACUCACCACAGGCUGCAGUCCAACCCCCGCCCAGUGAGGUGACUCCACAGCCCGCAGCUCCAGCAGCAGCAGCUCCAGCAGCAGCUCCAGCAUCGCCUCCACAGAGGGGUCAAGUCAUCAGCAAGAGCACCGGAGGACAGGCCAGCAAGGCUCUGUGUAAAGAAGACAUAGCAACACUCAAGUCUCGGCUUCAGAGGAUCAAGAAACUCGGAGUGGAAAUAACCAGCACUGCCUCCUCUGCUUCCUUUUCCACACUGACAUCUUCUGCCUCUCCAGCUGGUGCAGCACCGAAAGACACGUCCCCUCAGGUCUCAAACACUGCCACGCCGCACGCCUCUGAUGCUAAAGCCCUCAAGUCCACUGUAGCACGGUCCAAAGAGCUUGCAGCUAAAGCCCAGAGGAGGAAGGAGGAGAGAGAGGCUAAGGAGAGCAAGCAGAGCGAGACCCAAACCCAGGACAGCACUGAGCAGCCAGCAUACCAGCGGUACCACACCCUCGCCCAGGCAGCCCCUCCUGGCCUCUCCCUGCCUUACCAGUACAAGGUGCUAGCUGAGAUGUUCAGGAGUAUGGACACGGUGGUCGCAAUGCUGUACAACCGCUGUGAGACGACAACCUUCGCCAAGCUCAAACAGGGAGUCCAGGACAUGAUGCACAAGCGCUUUGAGGAGAGCCACUUGGGUCAGAUAAAGGCGGUGUUUCCUGAGGCCUACACAUUCAGACAGGAGAAGAACAUCCCCACCUUCAACAGCAGCAUUAAGAAGGGCAGCUACCAGCUCACCGUCGAGCCCGUCAUUCUCUCUGACCAGAAUGAAGCACGUCCCGUCCUGUCAGCCUCUCGUCUCCUGGAGAGAAGACAAAUCUUCCAUCUGAACCUGGUCUCCAUCGUCAAACAACACCACAAGGUCUUCCUGUCCACGUUGGCUCCUCCAGUGUCUGUCCCAGAAGACAAACUGACCCGCUGGCACCCUCGCUUUAACGUGGACACUGUGCCGGCCAUCCAGGCUAGCUCGCUGCCCCAGCCUCCUCACACAGAGAAACUGGCCACGGCUCAGGAGGUGCUGGACAGGGCCCGCUCACUCAUCACACCUAAGAUGGAGAAGGCUCUGGUGUCUCUGGCUCUGAAGACAGAAGAUAAAGCUGCAGAGAGCAACGAGCUGACAACUCCACAGAACUCAACAGUCCCGCAAAUGUCAGCUGCCCCUGCGGCUCAGGUCCCAACCGCCCUGAAAGGAGUGUCCCAGUCCCUGCUGGACAGGAUUCGGGCGAAGGAAGCCCAGAAACUCCAGGCAGCCAUGACACGAAACCCCGUCCACGAGGAUCGCCUGCUGAUGAUGUCACGGCUUCCCGAGCUGGCCAGGAUUCUCCGGAACGUUUUUGUUGCAGAGAAGAAGCCGGCUCUAAUAAUGGAGGUGGCCUGUAACAGGAUGGUGGCCAGCUACAGAUCUGCUCUCAGCACAGGUGAAAUGGAGAAACACAUCCGUCUGCUGGCAGAAGUGGCUGCCGAUUGGCUGACUGUUCAUCCAAUCAGAAAGGACUUCUACCUGAAGCUGAACAAGAACAUGGAACUCAACAUGGUCGUGGACAAACUGAGCAGCAGACUGAGAGAGGAGGAGAGACUCUGAAAGACGUUAAUGACUGAGAGACACCAUUCUCAGGUCCCUGCUGGCCGAGCUGCUGGCCGACUGAAGGCUGCUUGCUUAUGAGUGCCAUAUUUUGAAGUGAAUUCCACUGGUUUGUUGGCAGCAGGCACAGUGCACUCUAGGCUGUCGGUGUGGAAACGGUCACCGAUUGAUGUAGGCACAGCUUCAGGACACCGGGGUGUCUCAGAUCCCUGAGGGCCACAUGGGACUAAGCAGAGCCAGUCCUGGUAUUCCUACCACCCUGUGUUGUAAACCGGUUACGGUAAUGUUUUGUUUUUUGUAGCAUUGAUGUGUACAGUUCUGCCUCCAGUCUUUUUAUGGAUCGGGUUUCUACAAUGUAGAACUGAUGAAUGUUUACAUUUUUAAAGGUCACUGUUUGAUAAUGUUUCAGAAAUACAAUCAUUUGUCAGAGCC